AUUUUUGGGUAGAUCUCGCAUGAGCACUAGACGCCGCAACAUCCGCUUCGAGGAGUAUGCGUCGACGGGUGCCGUGACGAAUGUUGUCGUGGCUAGUACCCUUGAGCGUGUAGCGCCAUCCAAGGCUCCUGCUCGAUUCGCCGCGUCUUCAUCUCACAAAGACAAUGACGCGUACCUGGCUGCAUUUGACAGCGACCCUCGACUGCCUCGACUAAACGCCCAAGCCGAGAAUGACGACCCCAGCACGGCAAAGGCCGUGUCACCGCCACUCCCUGCAUUACUGGCACCUUCCACAAAGGCUAGCGCCGCUAUCGACGGAUCUGCGCGAGCACCAUGGCUUCGCGGACCAAGUGAUCCAUCCGGCCGGGUCGAUUCGGUGUCGAGUCAGCCGCUCACAUGCAUGAGUUUGGCGCCAGGCGGCUCGGAAGUGGUCGUUGGCAGCUGUGACCAUGCCUUGUACAUCAUUCCACUACAGCGCCAACCGUCCAAGGCCCGGGGUGGUGGCAGUAGUGGCGUUCGAACCCUGUAUUCCAAGACCAGUGGACAUGGCGAAUGGGUGACAGCCGUGGCGCAUCUGCCAGAUGGCCGAGUGGUGUCGGGCGGCAUGGACAGCAAGUUAUGUUUGUGGGAGGGAAACCAUCGCUGCGAAGAUCUGACAGGACACUCGGGAUCCAUCUCCGUCGUCCGAACGUUUGCCGAGAAUUGGAUCGUCAGCGCCAGCUACGACAAAACGUAUCGGCUGUGGGACGGGGCGAUGGGACGGCGGGCGGCAAGCGGGCGCGAACGCCACUGCCUCAAGGGCCACGACGCGCCCAUUUUGGACUUUUCCAUUUGGGGAAAUCGCCUCAUUGGUGGAGACCGCAACGGCUCGGUGCUGGUCUUUGACCUGUCGCAACAUGCGGCGGAGCGAAAGGCCAAGGGGGUUCACACCGGGCAUUGUACGGCCGUGUUGGGCAGCCAGCACAGCCCCGAGCUUGCCUUUAGUGGCGGCCAAGACGGCCUGUUGCGGCUGUGGGAUGCUCGAGCCAAGGACGCCGCCGUCACCGUGUCAGUCCACGCCAGCCAACGCGGCACCGGCGCAGUGAGUUUUAUCAAAGAUACAGCGACCAUGGAGCACGUGGUCGCGACGGGUGGAGCCGACGGUAAAGUGCAAGUGGUCGACGUCCGCAGCGCCAACGUCCGGGCCACGUUUACCGAGCACACGACGUUCAUCUACUCGUUGCAUGUGGACCACGACCUGUGCUUUAGCGGCAGUGGAAGCGGCAUGCUCCUAGUCCAUGACCUCCGCACCGACGCCUUGCGCUAUGGCCUGGGCGCCAACCAGGCCGCCGUGCGCGGCAUCUGCACCACGGCCAACGCGCUCGCGGCUGCAGGGGAUGACGGUGGCGUGCUGGUGUACAAUAUGACGUAAACAAAAGACUAAAUGAAUCAAAUGAACAGAGGCGUCGACUUGUUUUGAACGGGA